AUCGCCCAUAAGCCUUACGGCACACACGCGCACACACCUAUCCACACGCCGGUCGGAAAGAUUAGAGCAAAUCAUGAUGAUAUAUCCGAUCUUUGUGCAAUUCCCCUUGCCGGGAGAGCAGAUUCCUCCACCGGGAGCCACGCGAAAGUUCAUAAAGUCCUGCUUUUCGAAAGGGUGGGAUCGGAUCCAGAAGGACAUCCUACCGGCGUGCAAGGCGAAGCGGUGCGUUGGGCGGUUCAAACACUCGUUAUCCCAGAAGGAUGCGAGAAUGAAACGGAGACAAGGUGAGUCGGACUGAGCCGGUUUAUCGGGGGAUCCGCAUCUAACUAAGCCAAGUCACUUGCCGUGGUGGAAAAUAUGUACGAUUAUGAGUUUCGAAACCCUUUCUCUUGAGCUCUUGUCCUCUUGCGGUCUUGCUCGAUACUUUGCACCAUCGAUUUCUUUUAUUCUCUCCUUUUCUUAUUCCUUUUGGAGUUUGACUGGCGUUAUGGGGUGGAUCUUAAGGGCACGGAGAUUUUUUUUUUAUGUCUAUACUUCUUCCUUCUCUUUCUUCCUGUAGGAUUUUCUGUUUUCUCCUGGUGUAUACUGUCCAUUCAUUCCUUGUUAAUACCUGUUACCCACUUACAAAUUAUAAAUUUUUUGUUUUGUUC